CUGAGCACGAUGACACCUCCCAAGUUUGUUUUGUGUCUGAAAUAUCUGAUCUUGGCAAAUAUAGUUUGGUUGAGUAAUCAGAAUUUCUCUGCAUCUCAUCAGCAAGAGAGACAUUUUGUAUCAGCUAAUGUUGGUGAGAGUGUGACUUUACAAUGUUUCUAUGAAGCCAACGAUGCAACGAGGUUCUACUGGUACAAGCAAAGUCUGGGACAGAAACCACAGCUCAUCUCUACUCAGUAUGUAUUUAAAGAAAAUGGCACUUUUCAUGGUGAAUUCAAGAAUAAUCCACGCUUCAGCCUGGAUUCAAAAACAGGGACAAACCACUUGCAUAUAACAGACUUGCAAAUCUCAGAUGCAGGUAAUUACUACUGUGCAAGACGGGUUUCGUUAAUCCUGGAAUUUGCAGAAGGUACUACAGUCAGUGUAAAAGGUUCAGUUUUAAACAUCAAAGCUUUAGUCCAUCAGUCUGCAUCUGACACCAUCCAGCCAGGAGCCUCUGUGACUCUGAACUGUACAGUACACACUGGGACCUGUGAUGGAAAACACAGUGUUUACUGGUUUAAAGACUCUGAAGAAUCUUUCCCAGGACUCAUUUACACCCAUGGAGGUCUGAAUGAUCAAUGUGAGAGAAAACCUAACAAACAAUCAUACAACUGCACCUACAACUUGCCAAUAAUGAGCCCGAACAUGUCUCAUGCUGGGACCUACUACUGUGCUGUUGCUUCAUGUGGACACAUACUGUUUGGAAACGGGACCAAACUGGACUUAAAAUACAAUGUUGGAGCCUCUUUCUCUCCUUUCUGGAUCAGCGCCUUUGCUUUCACCUCCAUCCUGAGUCUAUUGCUGGCUUUCUCUGUGUGUAUGAUGGGCAAGAAAUGCGUCUUCAAAUCUUCAGGGUUGCCAAGAAGCAGUAAAGCUCUUUUCUGA